AUGGCCCAGCUGCUCAAGGCAACACUGAUGGUGAUGACAAUGGUGGUUAUUUCCACUCCAGCAUUGUCAACAGAUUACAUUGUAGGUGAUGGAUCGGGCUGGAAACUAAACUUCAAUUACACUGCCUGGGCUGAGGGGAAGGAUUUCCAUGUCGGAGACAGGCUGAUUUUCCGGUACACAGAAGGAUCUCACAAUGUUUUCAGACUGACCACUGCUGAUGACUUCCGGCAGUGUGCUGUGCCAAGCAAUGUGACUUCUCUCAGCAGCGGAAAUGAUGUGAUCGUCCUCGCCUCUCCAGGGAGGAAAUGGUACAUCUGUGGGUUUGCAGACCACUGCACCAGAGGGAUGAAGCUUGCCAUCACUGUAACUACCGCAGACUUGGCUCCGAGUCCAUCUCCUGCCUCGCCCGGAGUUUCAGCAGCCUCUGGAUUCUCCGGCAGCAUGCAGGGUGCUUGGGUUCUUGCAGCUACUUCUCUUGCAGCAUAUAAAAUGAUUUGGGCCUAA